UUGCGCCGUUGAUGUCAGCUGUCAUGUGCGUUGAAGGGAGUCCACGCGAAUAGGAAAAUCCAGAAUGGCUUCCGGGAUUAACCUCUGCUCUUGGUAGAACUACUCAGAAGUUCACUUUCAUUCGCAUGGCAGCUCCUAUAUUGGAAAUACCAUAAUGUAAAUGAAUCUUGUUUUUUCCUUAUUAAACCUUCAUCUCUGGACCAUGAAUCUUAAAGGAUCUACGUGGAUUGUUGCCUACUUUGAAAGGAUUUAGAAAUUGGUUUUGCCUGGACUACUGCGUGGGCCUGCAGCGGUGGCUAGCGGUGGUGGUUGCAGCGGUGGUGGUUGCAGCGGCGGCGGCGGUGGGCGGAUCUUACCACCUUCAAACACAAGGAUAAUUUUACAAACGCUUGCGCCACCAUGAGGAUAUCCACCACCUCCUGUCUUUGUCCCUUUCUGGUUUGCCUCUGCUUCAUCCAGAGGUGUUACGGGGCGAGCCACCAUGUGCCCGCCAAGGUACCCUCCAAGAACCAGACCAAACUGGCCAAUGGGGAAACGGAGGUGCAUCACAGGCCAAAACGUGGCUGGAUCUGGAACCAAUUCUUUGUUUUAGAAGAACACAUGGGACCAGAUGCUCAAUAUGUGGGAAAGCUUCACUCAAACUCAGAUAAAGGCGAUGGAUCCGUCAGGUACAUUCUGAGCGGAGAAGGAGCUGGAACUAUAUUUAUCAUUGAUGAAGUGACAGGAGAUAUUCAUGCCACAAAGAGCCUGGAUCGGGAAAGGAAAACGCAUUAUGUCCUGCAUGCACAAGCCUUGGACCGCAACACAGAAGAGGCCCUGGAACCAAAGUCGGAAUUUAUCAUCAAAGUACAAGACAUCAACGACAAUGCACCCAAAUUUCCAGAUGGACCCUUUGUCGCUUCGGUGCCUGAGAUGUCUGAAUUGGGAACAUCGGUGUUACAAGUCACGGCGACCGACGCUGACGAUCCCACCUACGGAAACAGUGCCAGAAUAGUCUACAGUAUUCUACAAGGACAGCCAUAUUUCUCCGUUGACCCCAAAACAGGUGUGGUAUAA